AUUCUUUAUUUUUUAUCACAUUUAUAAAAUCAAACAAUGUUCUUAAUUAAAGAUAAAUUACUUGUAUAACAAGCAUUUAAAAUGGGAUCCAACUCAAUGGGUUGUAACAUUAUUUUAUGAUGCUCAUAUUUUGAAAAGAAACUUUUAAAGAGUACAAGUCAUCACUUUUAUUUUCCAACACUGCUCAACUCACUUCCCACUGCUAAACACAUUCCUCUCAAAUCUAUAACAAUGGCCACAUUCACCACAACCAUUGCCACCACAUUUCUCAUUCUCUCACUGUUCUCCCCCAUGAUUUCGUCCACCAAAGCACAAGACUCGCCGCCGGCACCAGCAGCUCCGGCACCGAGCCCUGGAGUUGAUUGCUUUAGAGUCUUAGUAAACAUGUCCGAUUGCUUCACAUUUGUAGAAAGAGGAAGCAAUUCGACUGAACCGGGUAAAGGAUGUUGCCCGGAAAUUGCUGGAUUGCUAGAUAGUAAUCCUAUUUGCUUGUGCCAAAUGCUUGGCCGAGCUCACGCCGGUGCUAAAAUUGGGUUCAAUAUUGAUGUCGAUAAGGCACUUAAACUUCCUUCUGUUUGUAGUUUGGAGUUUCCUCCAGCUAGCACUUGCUCAGAUCUUGGCAUCCCAGUCGGAGCUCCAAUAGCAAGUGAGGAAAGCCCUGCUCCAUCACCAGGAGGGCUUUCAACUAGUCCUACAUCUGACAACAAAGAUAAUGCAGCUUCAAUCAUUGUAUUCUCCAAGAUGCAAUUCCUUGUUGGCAUGACCAUUAUGUUUUUCACAAGCCUUCUUUGAUUUUUGAAACAAUUCUUGGUAGGAAAAUAGUACCAACUUGAAUCAGUAGAGAGAAGUACCCAUAAAUAUUUAACUAUUUAUUCUGUAAUUUCCUCUGUAUCUUUUCCACAUUCAGAUUAUUACGGAUAUUGCGUUGUUAUA